AUGACGGACGCCCCCAAACCAAAUUGGCACGACGCCUUUCCCGCACCUCGUGUCACAGCACCCACCAUCACACGUGAGGAAGUCCUGUCAGCACUCUCAUCUGGCGACUUGCUGCUUGUGGAUGUGCGUCGGACAGAUUACGAAGGUGGCACAAUUAGGGGAAGCCUGAACAUACCUGCGCACAGCUUCUAUAUGAACCGAGCGGUGCUGUUCGACUUAUGCAAACGGGCCGGAGUGAAGAAGGUCGCCUUCUACUGUGGCUCGUCAAACGGGAGAGGUCCGCGCUGCUCCGGCUGGUUCGCAGAUCACAUUGCUGAAAAGUGCGACGGUCAGAUACAGUCCUUGACCUUGGGUGGUGGCAUCAAGGGAUGGGUCAAAGCUGGGGGACAAUACACACAACAAAUCGAGGGCUUUGAGCCUGAAUACUGGAAGCAAUUUGAUUAA